AUGCUGCUCAGUCAGAGAAGAACCAGGGGCCGGGAGAUCACCGGACCCACGCCCCACUCUGUGGCUGUGAGAGCGAAGUUACCUCCUCUGAGGCCUGCAGAACAGCUGAUGCUGCAGAGGCAGAGACAGGACGCAGCCCGAGGUGAGGUCCUGGAGUUCUCGAAGUACCAGCAGAGCUGCAGCAUCAAGACGUCAUGGCUGAAAGACACGGAGCGCCGAUUCCUGAGAGGAGCCAUGGAGAGGGGCAUCCGAGCUGCCGUGAGCUGGCACGAGGCUGACGUUGAACAGAGGAGACACAGGCUGGCGGAGCUGUUGAAGGUGGAGGAGCAGCAGCUCCUGCAGGAGAUGGAGGGGAAGAAGGAGAUGACUUUGGAGAGAUGGGCGAAGAUGAGAGAAAAAGCCAAAGCGCUGAGAGACAAGAGAGAGAGUGAGAGGCAGCAGCUUGUGUCUGAGAAACUGCAGCAGCAGUUCAGGGAGCAGUGUGAGGAGCUGCGCAGCAUCCAGAGCAGAUUCAGCGAGCAGCAGGUGAGUCGAGAGCGAGCCAGUCAGGUGAGGAGCCGGCAGAAGCAGCAGCAGCGGCAGCAGGAGGAGGACCGGCUCUUCUCUGAACUGUGGGCGGGUGACAGGCGAGCCAAAGAGGAGCAAGAGAGCACCCGAAUCCAGAGCCAGCAGCAGAGGAACGAGGAGCAGCGCAGCUUCCUGAAGAAGCAGAUGGAGGCGACCGAGCAGCAGAGACAGCAAGAGAAGGAGCUGAGAGAGGAGGAGGCCCAGCUUCUGAUGCAGCAGCAGCAGACAGAGCUCCUGCUGGAGCAGCGGCAGCAGAAGCUGAAGCUCUGGGCGCAGCAGGGCCAACGGAGGAUGCUAGAUUGGUGUUUAAUGCUAAAGAUGAAGCGACUGGCCUGGGAGCAGCGUGAGGAGCUGGAGCUGGACAUGAGCAUCCUGCAGACACUACUAAGACAGGAAACUGAUGAGAAACAAGUAGCUGCCCAGAGGAAGGCAGAGCUGUGCGAGGAGCAGCGGCGGUACCGGGAGUACCUGUCCGAGGAGUUGCAAAGGCAGAGGAGACAGGAGGAGGAGAUGGAACAUCUGUUGGAGGAUCAGCUGAAGGAGGUCUGGGCAAAACAAGAGGAGAAGAGCCGCCGGCAGAGGGAGGCCAGGAAGAGGCUGAUGGACGAGGUGAUGGAGGCGCGGUCUCUGCAGAUCCAGAACAAAUUGUACGCAAACCUGCAGAAACAGGCCGAGUUGAAAAAGGAGCGUGAGGAGCUGGAGCUAUUCAUCGAGGAGGAGAAACUGAAGGAGGAGGAGGAGAAGAGACGGCAGAAGCGGGCGGCUGAGGCGUAUCGGGGUGACCUCUGUGCUCAGAUGCAGCAGCAGCAGCAACUUCGCUCAGAGCUGAAGGCCCAGGGCAUGCAAGAACACCGUCAUGGCCUGAUCCUGGAAAAGCUCCUCAGUGCAAAGAAAGAGCAGAUCCUGUCCAGAUUCACUUCCCUCAGUGUCGGCCCCCAUCCUUUCAGAAGAGAGGGGGGAUCCAGGUCGGCACCUCAACCCCAGCUUACAAACUAUUGAAAACCCCAUCCAGGCCCCACUCAGGGUUUCAUGAUUUCUGUGUGUAUUUGUUUGGAUAUUUCUCUUCUAUUUAACAUGCCAAGUUCAUUAAAAUGAGUGAUUAAAAGAUGAUGGAGCCUCUGUGGAAACUAUUCAUACUAUUCAAAUUGAAAAAAAAUUGUAAUAGAGCAACAAAACAGGACAAGCAACACUG